AGCAAUAUGCCACAAAAAUGUCAAAUCAAAGUUUUUAAAUGUUAUUAAGUGUCUUUUCGUUUUAACAAUGUACUUGCAACAAUAAAGCUAGUAAAAGGAUAAGAAAAAUUGAAAGUACGCAGACACUUCGUCCCUUCAACGUUUCUUCUUCGUUUUUGUCUUCCUCUGUGUCCGUCUAUAUACAUUAGAACCAUUUACCAUUGAAGCAUAAAAAUGCGAUUAAAUUUUAAGUGUUUAACACUGAUUAUUUUGAUUUUUAUAGUGGCUAACGGUGGGGAGAGCAGAAGUAUUGCACGAUUAGAUAGGAAAACAGAUGCCUUUAAUAGCACCAGCUCAAUUCCACUCAACACUAGAGUGAAUUCUACAGACACAGGACACAGUGAAGAAACGGUCUUCCAUCAAACAUCAUUUUCUUUUUCAUCAUCAUCGUCAUCUUUAUUGAAAUCUUCAUCAUCACCUUUAUCUUCAUCGUCAUCAUCAUCUUUAUCUUCAUCGUCAUCUUCAUCCUCUUCUUUGAUGCUGCAGCAUGUAAGGCGCCGUGCUAAACGUGAAAUGGAACCCGAUAUGCCAUUCGAUUUUCAAACAAAACAUUUAUCCUGUGAUCUGGAUCAAAAAGGUAUCUCACAAUAUAUUGAUGGAUAUCCAAAUCAUUGCAUUUGGGUAUGGAAUAAUCGAUAUGUCCAUGAGGGAUUCUAUCGCGUUUACAAAACCUAUCAAUUAGAGGCAUUCACUUUUGGACAAUUUUUUGACCGCAUGAAUCGUUAUGAACUUGAAACACAUUCAUGGGACUAUUCAUCAGUACACAUUUAGUAAUAGUAGGCUUCAAAAUUAAUAUCAUUCGAUUUGUUAUUUGUCUAUCACAAAUAGAGAAAAAUUCGAAUAAGUGUAACAAAAAAUUGCCAAUGUCUUCAAUAUGAAAUUUCAUUUAAAUUUAAUGUUAAUAUCAAUAAUAGGUCUUUCACUAAAUUGUAUAUGGACUAACGCCAAAGCGAUUAAUCAUGAAGAAGUUGUGAAGGAUGCCCAAAAUGCCACAAAAGUAAACUCAUCAUCGGUUACCACAUUGAUUAUGGCUGACAAACAGGAUGGAGACCAGAAACCCAUUCCAACUGUCUUAAAACAUAUUGUUCGACGUCGUGAAACGUCACCCGAUAUGCCAUUUAGUUUUCAAGUUAAUCAUUUGCCGUGCGAUAUGGAUUCAUUUCUUAGGACUAAACUCAUUCGAUAUUUUCCCAAUCAUUGUAUUUGGAUAUACAAUAAUAAGUAUACUCAUGAGGGAUUCUAUCGCGUCUACAAGAUCUAUCAAUUGGAAGCUUUCUUUUUUGGCCAAUACUAUGAACGUCUGAAGCGAUACGAAAUAGAUCCUCAUGCAUUUGAUUAUUCGUCUGAAGUCAAAUCCUAAAUAUAAUCCCAACUUGAUUGUAGUCAUAUCAUUUGUAAUAAAUAUUUUGAACUUA